CUAUGACAAUCGUCUACGACCAGGAUUUGGAGGUGCUGUCACAGAAGUCAAAACAGACAUCUAUGUGACCAGCUUUGGGCCUGUGUCAGAUGUGGAGAUGGUGAGUACAUUGGGUACUUUUAUUUAGGAAGGAGAGCUGUAGCUUAGGACUAAUGAUUAUAGGUCUUGCCAUUCAUCUCAGCACAUAAUAUGUAUAUUUAUUUCCAAUGGGAAGAUGUGUAAACUAGAACAAAUUACUGGCUCUGCUAGGACACAAGCUAGUUUUUAAAAAAUUUUUCUUUCUAUUUGUCCUUUGGAAAAAAAAAGCCUCUCUUCCAUUCACAUAUUAUACAAUGACUAGUCCUACAAAGAGAAGAAUUUCUCCUUUUUUGUGAGGUCCUAGUAAAAUUAUUUGUUAAGAAAUUCUUUUUUAAAGCUUCUUGCCAUGUAAAAGUACCCUGCUAAGUAUGAUGUCAAGACAUACCCAUUGUUUGUUGUGCACCAUCCCCAGUGCAUUUUAUCCAAACAGUGAAGAAGUCUCUUGGAUAGGUUCAUGCUUUCCACCUUGUACAUUGCGGAUGCAUCAGUGGGUGUUCUGGAGACUCUGUUCCAGGUACAGAUGGCUGUAGGAUUCGUAAGAGGGUAUUUAUGGAAAGUGGCAACGAAAGCCGAAGUCGUCUUUCUGAACAAAGUGUAUCAUAUUCCUUCCCCGUUUUCAGGUAGUAUUUUUUUUCUCCCAAGGCUAAAAUACAAGCACCAAGACUGAAACUGUCAUAAAUGUCUUCAAAGAAGGAUGCCAUUGGCUUUUCUUGGGAAAUUUUAAUCCUGUAUAAAUAGUUGCUGGUAAACUUCUUUUAGAAAGGAUAUGAGAAGAUGAAAUAAGUAAAGAAUAGGUGGAUAAAAAGGAAAGGAAAUGGUAGCUAGCAGGAAAAACAAAAGGAAGAAUGGAGAAAAAGAGGGAGGGAACGAGAGAAAGAGGAAGGGAGAGAAAGAUGGAGAACGGAAUGGAGAAAAGGAGGAGAUACAGAUGAGGGGCAGAGAGUGGGGAAGGGGCUUUUUUGAGAAAUAAAAACUUUAAGAUUUGGAAAAGGAGAGUGGGUACAGGAUACUUGUUAUCUUAGUGUCAUUUUUCCCCUUCCAGUUCUGCUUUAUUUCCAGAAACCAAGUAUUGCAGAAACUUGGUGCUACAAUGCUCUAGUCUGGAUUUACUUGACUUUCAUUUUGAUCAUGUGUCUCUUCCUAGAGUACUUUUGUGUAAUAGCAUCCUUUUGUUGCAUGGUUUAUGAUUGUAUAGAUUUUAUACUCUGUAUUAAAAUUUGCUUUUAAAAUUUAAUCAUUAUUUAUAGAAAUAAGUAUUAUAUGGUAGGCAAAAAUCAUUGGCAAUACUUCAAAAUAAUGGUAAGGCUUUUGUCAUUGACUUCUGUGAUAGCCUCAUAAUUAUCUUUUAAAAAUUAACAUUAUCCCAUAAAGCCAUGGUUUAAAAAUCAAAAUGUGGUAUUUAUAUCAAAUAUUUUAUUUUUUGUUUAAAAUCAUCUUGGUAGCAUCUGCUUGUAUGUUCUCUAACAACAACAUCAGAAAUCCAUAGUAUGUGAUCUUAAUUUGUUAGUCAAUGAAUGUUUAUAUUGUUGGAACUGUACUGAAUGGGAGUAUUGCCCUCUGAACCUACUGUGAAGGAGUAUACAAUGGAUGUUUUCUUCCGCCAGACUUGGACUGAUGAGAGACUGAAGUUUAAGGGUCCUGCUGAGAUUCUGAGCUUAAAUAACUUGAUGGUUAGUAAGAUCUGGACUCCUGACACUUUUUUUAGAAAUGGGAAAAAGUCAAUUGCUCACAACAUGACCACCCCUAACAAGCUCUUUCGAUUAAUGCAGAACGGAACAAUUCUGUACACCAUGAGACUUACCAUCAAUGCGGAUUGUCCCAUGAGGCUGGUUAACUUUCCUAUGGAUGGGCACGCUUGUCCACUCAAAUUUGGGAGCUAUGCUUACCCUAAAAGUGAAAUCAUAUAUACAUGGAAAAAAGGACCACUUUACUCGGUAGAAGUCCCAGAGGAAUCUUCCAGCCUCCUCCAGUACGAUUUGAUUGGGCAAACAGUUUCUAGCGAGACAAUUAAAUCUAACACAGGUGAAUAUGUAAUAAUGACAGUCUAUUUCCACUUACAAAGGAAGAUGGGCUACUUCAUGAUCCAGAUAUACACUCCAUGCAUUAUGACAGUCAUUCUUUCUCAGGUGUCUUUCUGGAUUAAUAAGGAGUCGGUUCCAGCAAGAACUGUCUUUGGAAUCACCACUGUUUUAACCAUGACUACCUUAAGCAUCAGUGCCCGGCACUCCCUGCCCAAAGUGUCCUAUGCAACUGCCAUGGAUUGGUUCAUAGCCGUGUGCUUUGCUUUUGUCUUUUCUGCUCUCAUUGAGUUCGCCGCUGUCAACUACUUCACCAAUCUCCAGUCACAGAAGGCUGAAAGGAAGGCACAGUCUGCGGCCCCGCCCCCUGUGGCAAUAUCAAAAGCCACGGAACCACGGGAAGCUGAGAUUGUUGUGCAUUCUGACUCCAAAUACUACCUGAAGAAGAGGAUCAGCUCCCUGACUUUGCCGAUAGUUCCAUCUCCUGAGGCCAGUAAAGUCCUCAGUAGAACACCUAUCUUACAAUCAACGCCUGUCACUCCCCCGGUGCUCUUACCAGCUGUUGGAGGCACCAGUAAAAUAGAUCAGUAUUCUCGAAUUCUCUUCCCAGUAGCAUUUGCAGGAUUCAACCUUGUGUACUGGAUAGUUUACCUUUCCAAAGACACAAUGGAAGUGAGCAGUACUGUUGAGUAGUUUGCAGUCAGGAUGCUGCAGUGUCUCGUUUUCCUCCCUGACAUCACACAAAUUAUUAAGAUUUGUGUAGAUAGUCUCAUUUCUGAUAUGAAGUGAAAACUGAAUAUCUGUAAUUCAUAAUGUGGAAUAAGCAUGUACAGGCCAAAAACAGUGAUGUUACUCUUCAAAAUUGAAAUUGGAAGGCUACUGAAAAUAUGGCUUUUCUAUACAAUAAAAUAGUUAGUAAUAAUAAUGUAUGCAGAUAAGGUAGAUUCAGGAUGAGUUUGCCAACCUUUAUUUUCAUUGUUCAAUAUUUUUAAUUGUCACUGUGAAUAAUAUUUCCCACAAGGCAGACAAACUCAGACACGCUAAAGCUUGCAUUAAAUUUGUUUAUUUUUGCUUAGUUUCUAUUCUAAAUAUUUAUUGUAUGUUUACUCAGCAUGCUGGAGGCCUUUAUGGUUUUACAAGAACUUUCAGUGGCAUUGGACAGCUUAUAUUGAGUUAGACAGUUCUUUUUAACCUUGCUGUGUUCUUUUACCUCAAUAAAAUGUGGCAUUAUAUACAUAUAAAUAAUACAUAGUUUAUAAAUUAUGUAUGCAUAUGUACAUAGCUUUUGUUAUGCUGCAAUACCGUUGCUGCUUCCCACUGAAUUCAUCUUUAAAAGUAUAUGCCUGCUAUAACACCAGGAAGUUUUAGGAAGGUCACUCUGUGUACUAUGACUGUAUAGUCUGAUUAUGGUUACCACACAUAUGUUCCACUUUCCUAAAUAUAAUAGUAAAUAAAACCAUAACAAGCCUG